AUGCCGCCCUCGAAGACCACGCAGGCCUCCACGGCCCCGAGCUCGCGCUCCGCCUCCUCCCCUCUGGUGCGAUACUAUCUCGCAGCGUACAACCUCGUCUGCGUUGCCCUCUGGACUACCUGCACGCUCCGGACCUUCCUCCUUGUGCCCAUACUAGCACCGAGGGGCCACCUCCCCGCUAUCUUCACGCAUGUCUUCUCCCCGCUCCUCACCGUCACGCAGACGCUGGCGGUGCUCGAGAUCCUGCACUCGUUGAUCGGAAUCGUGCGCGCUCCAUUCUUCACGACUUUCCUGCAGGUUGCGAGUCGAUUGCUGCUUGUCUGGGGUGUCAUGUUUCUCUUCCGUGACCAGGGCAAUGGCGGUAUCGUUGGCGGUGACUAUGAGGGCGCAGGGAAGGGACUCACUCAAGGACCAGGCGCGAAGGUCGGCGACUUCGCUUUCCUCGGCUGCAUGGGCGCAUGGGGUGUUACGGAAAUUAUCCGUUAUGGAUUCUUUGCUCUGCAGGUGCUGGGUUUGAGAGUUCCGAGCUGGUGGAUGUGGUUGCGAUACAACACCUUCUUUGUCCUCUACCCGAUUGGUAUCUCUUCGGAGUGUAUCCUCAUCUUCAAGGCACUCGAGCCUGCUGCGGAAUUGAACCCGCUGUACAAGUGGUUCCUGAUUGCGAACCUGGUCAUUUACGUUCCUGGCUCCUACAUCCUCUACACCCACAUGAUGGCGCAAAGGCGCAGAGUUCUGAGAGGCAAGAAGAGAGUGGACUAG